AUGAAGAUGAAAUAUACAUACUCGAUACCAUUUCUUUUGACGGCAAUCUUCGCUACUACUAUUCUGGGUAAAGAUAUUGAAAGACCUCUGCUAAACAACAAUCUUGGCCUCGCGAUGCCUCCUAAAUCCGAAUCGUCUUCCGAUCCUAUUGGUGGGGGUGAUACAAUCAUUCUAUCAGACAUUAUUGGGAAAGACCGAAGUAUCAAUAUCUUUGCAGGCUUCACAAGGGAUAUAGCACCCAUAAGCCAGCGAAUCGCAAAUAAUGAUCAAAAUACCACCAUUCUUGCUCCCGUCAAUUCCGCGAUAAUGGGUUUGCCUCGAAAACCAUGGGAAGAUCCGGAAGACUAUGACAAACUUGGGGCGAAUGCGUACGAGGGCGAAGACGGAGAAGAGAGAGCCCAUAGGAAUCUGCGAAGAUUUGUGGAGGCUCAUAUCGUUCCUGCGAGUCCAUGGAAGGAAGGAGAGAAAGUUAAGACUCUACAUGGAGACGAAGUUUGGUGGGAGAAUAAGGAUGGUGUCAAACAAUUGCAACCUGGGAAUAUCGAGGUCUCUAGCAUGGCAGGUGAUGUUUAUAAUGGACAAGUCUGGAUAUUGAAGGGCGUGAGAAAUUAUGCAUAG